AGAUUUGCAAGCUAGGGGAAUAUGUAAAGCUCUAUAAGAAUGCUGGGCAGGGAUGCCCAGCCAGCAUUAUCUCUUGGAAUAUCAUCACGAAUCGAUAUCUCGUGUCCUGAGUGUGACAGCCAGACUCAACGUUGAACAGAGUCGGUUGCUGUACACGCCAACCGCAAUAAGCUCAACACCCUCGGAGAUUCCACGUGUUCGGCAUGGAUAUGGCAGAGAUAGCAAAGCAUGGGGCGCCAUACCCCAGUCUCACGGCACAGCUCGGCCUCGUACCAUCUACAGGCGUCGACGUACCCGUUAGUUGUGUCUUUUUAGUCCUCUAUAUCCUCGGCGCGGGCUGUCACAUGACCAUAUUCCAGCUCAACCGUCGCGAAGGCCACAAAUUUAUAUUCAAUGCAGCCACAUUCGGUUUCUGCAUGAUGCGCACUCUCACCUGUUGCCUGCGGAUAGGCUGGGCGUACAAAUCCACCAAUGUAUCACUCGGGAUCGCAGCAUCCAUCUUUGCCAAUGCCGGCGUCUUGAUUCUUUUUGUAUUUGAAUUGAUUUACGUGCAACGGUGUCUACGUGCCGCAUUCCCGAAGUUCGGGUGGUCGAAAGCGGUGCACUAUUUCUUCCUGUUGAAUUACUUGCUGAUUCCGUGUAUGCUGGUCAUGGUGAUUGUGACGACGGUUUAUAUGCAUUAUACGCUUGACAAGCAUGCAUUAAACUCGUGCCGUGAUACCAUCCUUGUUGUGACAACUUACCUCUCAUUUUUCUCGUUUCUACCUCUCGCUAUGUCCAUCAUCAUCGCCAUUGUACCCAAGGGUUCGGAUCGCGAAAACUUCGGCACCGGUUCCUUCGCAGCGAAGCUGUGGAUUAUCGGACUUACCUCCUUCCUUCUGUGUCUGGGAGCGGUCUUUAGGGCAGCUGUUAACUAUAUGCCCGCCAGGCCAAUCACUCACCCUUACUCCUUCCAGGGUAGGGCAUGUUUCUACGUCUUUUACUUUACCAUUGAGAUUUUGGUGGUAUACACCUAUCUUCUCGUGAGAGUUGAUAAACGGUUCUGGAUCCCGAAUGGAAGUCGGGGGACGUAUCUAGUGGAUGGACUGCCGAAAGAGACGGUUCAAGCAGAGAAGCAGGAUAAUGUAUAAUUUUUCUUUUGUUCGACAAACAUGCCGUGGUUAGAUCUGCGUUGACUUUGCAUUGGGAGCGCGGCUGUCUGAAUAUCAUUUUGCUUUAGACUUUUCUUUUGUCUAACUAUAUCAGCG